AUGAAAGUGAAAGCAUUAGCUGCCUUAAGAUCCAAGCUUCUAAACCCAUGCAGAAAAUUCCUCCAACUCUUCAAAUUCAGGCUCAAAAAACCAGUCUUUAUAAGAGCUCUUCGAUUUCGUCCUCGCCGUAGUACUACAACCGGAGUUGAUGAAAGAAGUCCUCCAAAGAAUCGAAUAACUGCAUUACUACCAGGUUACCGUUCGAGUAGGAGGAAGUCGAAAGAGAUGGACAGAGUAAGGGAGCUUGUAAGUUUAUCUAGUGGAGGGCCUGACAAAAAGCUCUUUCCAUCACCUAUCACACCGGCUUACGUGAGAGCUAGCAGGGCUGGCAAAAGGGUCGAAGCCUCAGGUGAUGAUGAAGUGGAAGAUGCUUGCCGGAGUUUUGAGAACUAUUUGGUGAAGAUGAUUGUUCAAGAAGGGAAAGUGAGGGAUUUGACGGACGUGGAGGAGCUUCUCUAUUGCUGGAAGAAUCUGAAGAGCCCAGUUUUCGUGGAUUUGGUUUGUAGAUUUUAUGGAGAACUAUGCAAGGACUUGUUUUCCACUAACGAUGAUGAAGUUGAUAGUCCAUAGCGUUUCUGUAAUCGUACUCUCUUCUUCUUUUUCUUUUUCUUUUUCUUUCUUUUCUUUUCUUUUUUCUUUGUCUCUUCGGAUUUUCCUCCUCCCUGUCUUUCUCUGUCAUGGGUUCCUUUUUUUAAAAAAAAAAAAUUUUAAUAAGAGAAUUUACUGAAAAGUCAUAUCA